CGAAUAUCGAUGGAGGCAGAAAAGAGUUUAGAGAGGGAGAGUUGGGGAAACAGUAUCGAUUUCCAAGCGUAAUUAGGGUUUUAAGAAGAUAGGUUGGUAUAGGGUAUAAAGUGCGAAUUCAAGACACAGAGACCGGAGAAAAAGAAUUGAGAGUAUAUAAUGAAGACAAAGAAUUUUCGGAAAAGAAAUUUAGAGCUCGAAGACGGAGACGACGAUGACGGGAACCACGAAGAAAGAGUGUCUUUAACCUUAGAGGAGGUGAAAUUCCUUCAGAGGCAGAGAGGAAGGAAGUCGGGUAUUCCUGCUCUAUCAACUCCGGUAUCGACUGCCGCAGCUGGGGCUGGCGCCAGCAGUGCUUCGAUUCGCAGUGUUAGUGAUAAGGGUGAAGGUGAUGUGGAGAAGGACGAUUUGGUUUUGCAGGACACUUUUGCUCAAGAGACGGCUGUCAUGGUCGAGGAUCCAAAUAUGUUGAGAUAUGUAGAACAAGAAUUGGCAAAGAAAAGAGGAAAGAAUAUUGAUACAGAAAACCAAGUUGAAAAUGGUGUUAAGCUUGCGGAGGACGAACUGGCAACAUUUAUGAAGGAUAGGAAACCUUUGCUUCUUGACACUGUGUCAAAACAAGUAGUAUCCAUUGCAUUUAGGCGCUUGCUCAAAACUCUGUUACUGGAGAAACAGGUGAAAAGACGAAGCUCGGGAGAAAACUCUACUCAGUGGACUACAGGGAUUGCAGAAAUCCAGCUUCCGAUAGAGUACAAACUGCGAAAUAUUGAGGAAACAGAGGCUGCAAAAAAGCUCUUACAGGAGAAGAAGCUUGUGGGUCGUGCGAAAGCAGAGUCCAGCCUUCCUUCAAGUUUUAGUGCUGACUUUUUUCAACGUGGCAAGGAUUAUGCUGAAAAACUCAGAAAAGAACAUCCACAACUUUACAAGGAUAAGGGUGCAGAUGAUAAUGGUGGGUUGGAAUCUAGGCAUCAUGAUUCGGUUGGAGAUGGUCAUGGUGCAAGUCGAAGGCAGGCUGCCACUGAUGAGUUCAUGCUGGAGCGAUUCCGAAAACGAGAGAGACAGCGUCUUAUUCGGAGAUAGCUUCAAACUUCAAUCUGACCUUUUUUAUGAUUUUAAUUGAAGAAAAACAUCUUUACUGUUGAUUUAAUUUUUUAAUUUUGUUGCUUUUUGCUUCUCUGUGCUCAGCAGACAGCAUAAAUUGGUGGAUGAUUGUAUGUCAGAAUUUUUUAUCUUGUUUAGUCAAGGUUUGUUUUAAAAAAAAAAAAAUCACAUAAAAA